AUGGUGUACGGAAUCAAUAUGGCCACCCCUGUGCGCCCCCCCAGCCACCCAGCCCCCCAGCCCCGCCACCCCUGCAAGCGGAGGCUGACGCAUCGGCCCGGCGCUGCACUUUCCUCCCGGCCAUCGGCGCAGCGGCCCGCUUGCAUCCAACGACUCUUCCCAUCCACCAGACGGCCGAGAAAUAUCGAGAUGGGCGUGAUCUCCCGAAACACCUUCAGGGAGCCCGGCGGGUACGCC